GUAACUAAUAAAAACAACAUGGCAGCAAUUUGGCUUGAGAAAUUACGCGCUGCACAAAAAACAUGUAUCAUUCAAGACGGUAGGAGAAAAAUUCAUUUUACAUUUUCUGAUGGCUUAGAACUAGCUGAAGAAUAUGAUAUCAAUUCUGAAGAACUUGUCUUGAGAAAAUGGAGGAAAAAGAGCACCCUUGGAAAUGUGGGCAAAUGGGAAAUUGAAGUUGGGGAGCAGACAACUCCUGUUAAUUUUGAGGCUGAAGGGCUGAUAGAAAGUAAUGUCAAUCCAGUAUUUAUUCGCAAAGACACAAAAACUCAUUUCAUGUGGAGAAUCAGAAAUCUUCCAUAUCCUUUAGAUAACUACAAAGUGACAGCCAAACCUGAAGAAAACCAGAUCAUUAUCUCUACUGCUAAUAAAAAAUACUACAAGAAAUUUGGGAUUCCCGACUUGAGUCGUUGUGGACUUCCACUACAGCAAGAACCUAUUGAAAUUGCCCAUGCUAAUAACACUCUUUUAGUUUCUUACAAGAAACCCUCAGCCAUUCUGGAUAUGGAAAAAAAACUGCAGCAAGAACUCAAGAAGCUCAAAGCAACUAAGGAUGGGGAUGUUGACUGCACACCAAGCUGAUGUCUUCAAUCUGUUUAUCUGAAUGUUGUAAUUGUAUUUUGGUUGAAUCUUCAGAGAAAUGAAUUCUUGGUCCUAUUGGUUAGAGAUCUGAAUGUUUAGCUUGUAUUUUAUUUUUAUCAGUAAAAAUGUGAAUGGUACAAUAGUUGAAUAAAUUUAA